AUGGAUGUCCGAUUUCUGUUGAAUCCUCCAGAUGAGGGAGAGAGGACGGUGAUCGCUGCUGCUGCAUUAACAGAGUUGAGACUGCCCGUUGAACUGAAACGGCAGAUUGUGGGCCACCUGAACACGAAAGACAUCACACAUCUAGCCCGUACCUGCAAAUCCUUCCGCCUCUCGAUCGAGCCAUGUCUUUAUGAGACAGUGAACUUGGAUGCCUUCAAGAAGCCAUAUCUGCAUGUGUUAAAAUUGUCGGCAAUGAUCAAUAAAGAUUCAACCCUGGCUGGACACAUCAAAACGCUCGAGGUCGGUGAUCUGAGAAAAGAGGAUACCAGACGGGUGGACGAAUUGGACGAAUUGGUGAAAACAGCGGGAUGGGAGACCAGCCCAUCAGCGGAUGAAAGCAUCGCACGCUUGCUAUCUCAAUUGGGCAGCCUUAGGUCAUUUUGCCUUAACCACCUUCAUGGCGAGGUGCAUCUAGCCACCUUUAACUUUGCGCCGAACAUAGCACCACCAAUGUCAUAUCAGAGUCCUAAGGACCAACCGAAAUAUAAGCAGCCAUUUCCAACAUCGCUGCUUACAGCAUUUAUAGAGAUGAAAAUAGGGCUACUUGCACGCCAAACGCUCAUGGAUUUGGAUCUAUGGGAGAUACAAGAGUGUGUAUCGCUUUCUGUUUUUUUGGCAGCCAACCUACUAACCCCCUCAACAACAACAGGGCUAAUAAAUAAUGUCCUCUACGUAAUUAUUCUUUCCGCGGCACUUGACCUCGUCGGCCCCAACGUCCCCAAAGCCGCCGUCCUCCUCGCUGACGUCGUCCCCUCGUUCUUCACAAAACUAUGCGCGCCCUACUUCAUCCACACCGUCCCAUAUUCCGUCCGCAUCCUGAUAUUCGUCACCCUAUCCGCCGGCGGUAUGCUCCUUAUCUCUCUCUCGCCGGCCUACGUACCGAAUUCCCCAGCAGGCAACUCCAUCACAACCAAAAUGCUUGGCGUAAUUCUCGCCAGCUUUUCAAGCGGGGGCGGCGAGCUGAGCUUUUUGGGCCUGACUCAUUUUUACGGACCGUUCAGUCUGGCAGCGUGGGGAAGCGGGACUGGCGCGGCUGGGCUGGUGGGUGCGGGGGCUUACGCGAUGGCAACCACGACGUUUGGGUUUGGUGUGGGAACCACGCUCUUGUUUUCGGCGGGGUUGCCGUUGAUCAUGUUGUUGAGCUUCUUCGCGAUUCUCCCCCGGGGCCCGUUGAGGUGUGUCGCGAAGCUGGAUGACUACGAGCAAGUCGACGCGGAAGGUGAGGUGGAUGAACACGCCGUUUUUGGGAGGAGUCGGGCACAGCGGAGAGGGCUGGACGAGGGCGAAAAUGAGACGGAUGGGCUGCUAGGACGUGAUUUGGCGGACGCGCGGGAGGAUGGCAAGGCGACAGCUAGCCGGGGUGAUCUGUCCUGGUCACGAUUCAGAGCGGAUUUGAAAAAGGCUCAAGCUCUAUUCUUUCCAUUCAUGCUCCCCCUUCUCCUGGUAUACAUCGCCGAAUACACGAUAAAUCAAGGCGUUGCCCCAACACUCCUCUUCCCCCUGAAAGAAACACCCUUCAAGCACUUCCGCGCCUUCUACCCAGCCUACAACGCCAUCUACCAAACCGGCGUUUUCAUCUCGCGCUCCUCCACGCCCUUCAUCCGCGUCCACAAUCUCUAUCUGCCCUCCUUCCUCCAGGUGAUUAACCUGAGCAUCCUCAUCCUCCAUGCGCUGUUCAAUUUCAUCCCCAGCGUGUAUAUAAUAUUCCUCAUCGUUUUCUGGGAAGGUCUGCUGGGCGGGCUGGUGUACGUGAAUACAUUCGCGGAGAUCUCGGACCGGGUCCCAAAGGACGACCGGGAGUUUUCCCUGGGAGCGACGACGGGUUUUGCCGUGAGGACACAGUACUACACCCCGCACACACCGAACUGCAUCUCUGUACAGUACUAG